AUGGAUAGUGUAGUAGUGAGGAAAGUAUGGAAAGAAAAUCUUGUGAAGGAGUUCGAACUCCUCAAGGUAGCAUUGAGGAGCCACCGCAUGGUGUCAAUCGACACAGAGUUUCCUGGUGUUGUGUACCGACCUGCUAACGUCGACGGGCACGACCUCGGAAAACUCCCUCCGAACUGGAACUACCAGGUUAUCAGCUAUGUAGCACGGUUGGGUCUUGCUCUUUGCGACGACAAAGGUUGUCUUCCUGAUUUCGGUACCAAGAGUCAGUACGUGUGGGAGUUCAACUUCAAAGAUUUCGACGUCUACAAUGAUCUCCAGAACCCUGAAUCGAUCGAGUUGCUUGAGCGCCAAGGAAUCGAUUUUGAUAAGAACUUGAAGGAGGGUAUCGACUCUGCCGACUUUGCUGCGUUGAUGUUGAAAUCUGGGCUGUUGGGCAAUCACUCUGCUUUCACUUGGGUCACCUUUCAUGGUGCCUAUGACAUUGCCCACUUGAUGAAAAUCUUGAUUCGGCGACCACUACCGUAUGAUCUGACGGGGUUUAUGAUCAUGGUGCAGAGCAUAUUUGGGAAAAGGCUUUUCGACUUGAAGCAUAUGAUGAAGUUUUGUGAUGGCCUUUAUGGGGGUUUAGAGAAAGUGGCUAACGCAUUGGGUGUGCAACGUUUGGCUGGGAGGAGUCACCAGGCUGGUUCGGAUACCUUGUUAACUCUGCAGACUUUCAAGAAGUUCUUGGACGUGUACUUUAAAGAACAGAACAAUGGUGGACUCGGAGUCAGACAUAAUGGGCAUCUGUUGACAAGGAUGCAGUGUGUUCUUCACGGCUUGGAGUUGAAUAAUGGCUUUCAUCAAUCGAAUAAUGCCGGCUUGAAGAUAAUUAAUCCGUUUAGCCAUGGCUUUCGUAGGUUAAAUCUGAAUAGUGCUGGAUUGAAGAUGAUUACUCCGCGUCAAUUGAAUAGUGCCGGCUUGAAGAUGAUUAAUCCGUUUAGUCAUGGCUUUCAUGUGAUUAAUCUGAAUUUGUGCAGACAAACAUCUGCAAUAUGUAAUUGA